CCCUAUGAGGUGUGGACUGAAACUGGAGAGUAUGGAAAACAAUAGGCGAUCAAGAAUGAGAUCAGACCGCAGUUGACCAGAGACCGAAAUCAAAUGACGAAUCGGGUGUGUGGCCUCAGGCGAGGCGGGCAGUCAUCUGCUCCUCCCGCCCUUUGUUCGUCUCUCUCCAUAUUACAGACAGCGUUUCAUCCAACUAUCAUUUGUUUAUUAUUAGACGUGUCUCUCCUUCACUUCUUUCAUUAUGUUUAUUCUUAUUCUCUUCUCUUCUUCUCUUCUUCUUCAUCGGUGGUCCUUUGCUUAUCUCUUCUCCACUCGAUAACCACGGUUUUGAUUUCACCCCCUCACGGAGUGUCGGGCUAAGGGGACGGACCUCCCCCCAUUGACCCGCUUUUUUAAUCGGCAAUCAAUCCGGUGGUGGAAACCAUCUGACCUCACUCAGGCUUUCAAUCAGACUUGGCGGUAGCCAGCUUCUUGGUUUCGUUGGCUCUCCCCUUUGAAGUGU